GCUCACCAUAAUAUUAUUUUCACGACACAUACAUCACGCAUGCGUGUUUACCAGUACCGGAAGCACGUGUAUUUUACAACAACGUAGUCUUAAAAUGGGACCACCAGGUUUCCGUGGCAGAGGAGGUGGCGGCGGUGGUGGAUUUAGAGGAGGUGGAGGUGGAUUUGGAGGAGGGGGUGGUAGAGGCGGAGGAUUUAGAGGAGGUGGUGCCAGAGGUGGAAGAGGAGGACGGGGGGGAUACCAGGACUAUGGACCUCCAGCUGAAGUUAUGGAGCUGUGUCACUUUGUGCACCCAUGUGAGGAUGAUUUAGUGUGUAAAUGUACAAACCAGAAGAUCCCCUAUUUCAAUGCUCCUCUGUACCUGGAGAACAAGCAACAGAUAGGAAAGGUGGAUGAGAUAUUUGGAUCCAUCAAGGACUAUUAUGUGUCGGUGAAACUCUCUGAUGAUAUGAAGUCAAAAUCAUUUACAAAAGAUACAAAGUUCUUCAUAGAUCCAGCGAAAUUAUUACCUCUUCAAAGGUUUUUACCUCAACCUAAAGGAGCUGGCAGAGGAGGAAGGGGCGGAAGAGGUGGACGAGGAGGAGGAAGGGGAGGAGGUGGAAGAGGAGGAGGUUUUAGAGGUGGAAGAGGAGGCGGUGGUGGAGGUGGCUUUCGAGGAGGUGGACGUGGGGGAGGGGGAGGAUUUCGAGGUGGUGGAGGAUUUCGCGGUGGACGUGGGGGUGGGGGUAGGGGCAGAUACUAGACAUUACAUUUCAUUCAUUCAGUGUGUGUACUUUUGGGAAUACAAAUUGUCUGGACCACAAAGUGUUCUCUACGAAUGUGUACUGCAAGCUAAUAAACUGUGUAUGAGUGAGUUCAGUACCAGGGAAAUUUAAUACAUUUUAGUAAUAUUUUUGUCAAUGAUUUGAUUUUGUAAAAAUGAUAACGACACCUACACAUUUAAAAGUUUAAUAUUGAAACAUUGCUUUUACUAUUGUAUUCAAUCUCAAUGCUUUUACCUCUUUUUAAGUGACGAUUGUUUUUUCAUUUAACUGUCAAAAUCAGAUUGUGGUUGAUUCGGUAUGUAGAUUGAAUUAAAUGCUGUUAUAUGGGGGACAUUGUAAAACUAUACAUGUACAUCCAAUUUUAUUAAACAUAAAACUAAA